AUGGACGCAUACUAUAAACAACUGUAUGAUUACGUGCCGAGCACAUCAACAACUGCCCCAAUUGGUAUCUACUCAACACCGCCACCACAACAACAACCAGCACCAUCAUCAUCACCACCCAACUUUACGCAACCGAACUUUGGACAACCCUCCAGUCCCUUCCCCUCCGAUACCCCCAUACAUAAUGGAGAGCCCAGUCGACAAACCUUCACUCCUACCCAAACUCCAACCUACACUCCACUGGAUGGUUCCUCUACAUAUUCCCUCGUUGGAACUUCCAAUUAUGGACCUCCAAAUACCUAUAAUGGUCAGAUGAACUAUGGUUAUCCAUACCCACACCCCGGCUCUGCUUCUUCCGCUCCCUUUUCCCCUCAACACCCUUAUGGAAAUAUGCCUAACCAUAUGGGCACUGGGCCACAGAAUCCACCUGGACGACAGCUAAUGAGAAGAAACAGAGGCUCAGAACCAAAGCCACCAAACACCAUUAACCAAAACAGCAGCUUCUUCUCCUCUAUAAUAUCUGCAAUAAUGUACCUAUUCUCUUCAUCCUCUGUUAUCUUUAACAACAUUUCACAUCCACCACCCAAUACAAACAGCCUACAAUUUAACGCUCCACUUUCAAUCGAGUAUCACCCAAGGUUACUAGAGAAAACAGAAGAGUGGAAAGACAACGAAUGGACAAACUGGUUGCGCAGAUUGGAAGAAGAGUGGGUAGAAUUCAACGACACAAUUGAAAAGGAAAAAGAAAAAUGGCUAACUGCUAAGGAAAAAGAGUGGGACGAAUUUCUACAAUUUAUGGACAACAAAUGGAUGCACUACCAUGAGUCCUUAGAUGAGGAUGUCAAGUCAGACAUAUUGAAGAGAUCCCUAACCCUAGACGAAUACGAAUGGAAAGAAUGGAUGAAAACAGAAGGAAAAGACUUAAUGGAGAAGGAUUGGAAAAACUGGAUUACCAAUAAUGAAUCCUAUUUAGACGUAUGGAGUGUUAAAGAAUGGCUCAAAUGGAAGGACCAGAAAAUUGUUGCAUGGAUUAUGACGGACUGGAAAUGUGAAGAAGACGAAUACUGGUCCAAGUGGGAAGAGUCCUGGGCCAAAUUUCCAAAUAUGCAUGACAGAACCAACUGGCUCAACUGGAGGGAGAGAUUGAACAAGGAAAUGGUCCAGUGGAAUAGUUGGGUUAUGAUGAAAGAACAAUACAUCAGAGGAAACCGCACCGACAGAUGGUGCAAAUGGAAGAACGACAAACACGUCCUCUUCAAUUUGUGGAUGGAUUCCUUUAUCAACAGAUGGAUCACUGAAAAGCAGUGGUUCGUGUGGGUCAAGGAGAGGAAUAAGAUAAAAUCAAAGGGAAGAUACCGCAGCCACCACUAA